CCCGGCUGGUGGAGAACGGUAGAACAAUCCAGCAGGCAGGCAGGCAGACUGCUUGGAACCCGAACUCUGUCGGUUAGCUGACAUUUAUUAAACAACGGGCGACUGACAGUCAGUUUAAAUGAUUAAGUCAACUUCACCGGUAAACGAUGUAACCGAAUGUGAAGAGCACCUCGGUGGAGACCGCAGGAGACGUUCGGCCACCAACUUUGGUUGGAGGCGCAGCUCACCAUGGCAUCCCAACCGAGUGUACACAAUGAAGACAGGAACCUUCUUCGCCUCCGAGCUUGGGAACAGAGGACCCAAGAAACCAGCCAAACCAAAGAAACAAACCUAGAAAAUGUGCCGCUCUUUGGGGAACCAUACAAGACGAACAAAGGGGAUGAGCUUUCCAAUCGAAUCCAAAGGAUGCUGGGCAGUUAUGAAGAUGUGAAUGAUCCAUAUCCCUUUUCUAUCGAGGCUCUACCCAUUCCUACUUGUGCAUCCUUCUCACAGUCAUCUCAUUGUCCGCCAAACUCGGAUAAAUCAGCAACACCUCCAUUCCACAAUCAAAGCCUUUACUCAUCUACCCAAACCCAGAAAGAUACAUCUGGUCCCAGUUACUCCUCCCAGCUGAUGAGGAUGUCGAUUGCUGCAUCUUCUCCUAACCACUCUGAACAUUCAUCCACUUUUUCAAAGAGUUCCACGAACCUCAAUCAGUUCAGUCACUCAGGACGGCAACAAAAGGAGAGUGAAGUAUUUUCACAUCUCAGGGGAUUUGUUGGCCUUCACCAAGAAAUGUCUGUUCAGUCUCCUAAUGCUACGUCACUACCACUCCCUCAUUCCACUGACCAUAAUAUUGACAUGGAUACUAAGGACACUUUGAAUAGACAUCAGCUUCAAGGAUCUACAGAUUAUUCCUCAGAGUGCCCCAGCGCCAUGGAUGUUUCCACACUGAAAAUGAAGCAUCCGCCCAAAGAUGCAUCUCUGCCUCAGGCCAAGACUAACUCUCUACCCUCCCAGACGUUUCCUUCACUGCUUUCAUCUAAGCAUCCCGGGAUAGUCAUGACCCAGAAACCAACGGCAUACGUGCGACCCUUGGAUGGCCAGGACCAGGUGGUUAAUGAGUCACCUGAGCUAAAGCUAUCUCCAGAGCAGUAUGUACCACUACCAGACCUAAUCAGCAAAUCUGGCCCUGCUAAAACCAAGAUAAUGCCUCAGUUUAUGGAGAUGGUGCCAGAGGAACCUCACUGUGUGGAAGACAUUUUAAGGGAAAUGACUCACUCAUGGCCCCCUCUUCUGACAGAAGUACACACACCUAGCUCAGAUGAACCAUCCAAAGCUCCAUUCCCAACCAAGGAACCGGAACAAGUUUCCUCAUGUCCAGAAGAAAAAAGCCAGAAUUUUUCUCCCACAGAACUCUCUCAUUUCAGCCAGAAGAGCUCCUCAGUUUCAUUUGAAGCGGCACGUUCCAGUGAUGCUGAGCUGGUGAGCUCCAGCGACUCGGAGAGCAGCCAUGGGUCAGAGUCAGAUGGUGAAAGCUCCACAGUGGAGCCGCCUCCACCCUCAGAGGGCAGCUUGGUUAAAGCAGAGCUUGAUGCUCCAUCACUGAGCCAUGGUGCCUGGCAGCUGGGGAACUGGAUCAAGUCCAGUCAGCAAAACUCCAGCACUGGGAUUCCUGCUCAAAAGCAGCUGCUGUCCUGUCAAACCUCCAAACAGACCCGUGUAAACACCAGCAAGGAACCUAAGCUUUCUUCUGAACAAAAACAGUUUACAGGUGACUUGACUGUUUUACAGAAGGGUGGCAAAAGCUCCCAGAACUGUCAACGCAGAUGCAAAAAGUCCCUUUCCACUAAUGUUAGCAGCUGCAGUGAUGCCAAGAAAGUCUUAAAGCGAGCAAAGACCAGCUGUUCAGACCUCUCCCAAACAACAAUCAGUGUAAAGACUGAAGGUGCUGCAAACACGCAAACCAGAGAGCCGAGUUUCACAGACAGACCCAAAGUUAAGACGAAAACAGGGAGUUGUAAAAAGGAUGGCAAUGGUUCCAAAAGCAACCCGAAAAGGACCAAAGGCACCAAAUCCAAAGUGCAGAAGGUUGGAUCAGAAGCCACUCUCACGCUGUAUGGUAGGUGUCCAUCAUGUGGUGUGAGUUAUCCAAACACCUGCUGCUGCCCCACCCAAAGUCCCACUCUGCUGACUCCACAAUCUUCCACCCUACCAGUCCAAAUGAACUGUAGCAAAACCAAGACAGAAACACGGUGUCCGAACAGCGGCACCAAGGUGCCUAACAAACCAACCCACAAGGUCUCUGAGAAGUUUGAGCAUGUAGUUAAUGGUUCCUGGGACCACUUCCAGCCUCCUACAUCUCUGCUAGUCAAGAUAAAUCUGUGUCUGCUCAUGAGGGUACCCCAGACAGCCAGCAGCAUCCACGCAGGGAUUUCUACCAGAGCAAAGAGACAGGCUCUGGUCAUAGAGCCAGAUGGAGGAGGCAAUGAUGCUUCGAAAGCACACAAUCACACCAAAACCAGCAAAACGCUUCAAAACGCUGCAGAAGAGAAUAAAACCUGUCCCAAGAGGAAACGGAAGCUGGAAAACAAAAAUACCCCAUCAGCUUGUAGUUCUAUGGAAGUAGAAAAAUCCAUUAAGUCGGCAGAAGGCCUUCUUCAAAAGAAAGCUAAAAAAAGUUUCCAGAAACCUGCAACUUCCAAAGACUUCUUUAAAAACCUAAAGGCACAGUGUCAGCAGUCCAAUAAAGAGGCGGUAAAGGGCAAAGAUUCCAUCCGGCACAAGAACAGUGGAAAACCUUUACAGCACACGCGCCAAGAAAAGAAAAAGCCUCUAACGAAAAGUCUUCCUUUACCGGCAACGUCUCAACCCCACAGAGAAGCUUCGAGCCGCAGGCCUUUACUAACAUUUGAUGAGAGACCAUAUCCAGUGAAGCAUUACAUAAAAGAGGCUAAAAGACUGAAGCACAAGGCAGAUGCAGAGUUGGAUAGACUCAGCAAAGCCUUCAACUACCUGGAUGCAGCCAUGUUCUUUGUUGAAAGUGGGAUUGCCAUGGAAAAAGAUCCACAGAUAUCAACGUCUUCCUACACGAUGUUUGCAGAGACGGUGGAACUCCUGAAAUUUGUACUGAAGCUUAAAAACCCAGUCGACUCCUCUGCUCCACCCUCAGAAAAGGACUUUUUAGCACUGUGUCUAAAGUGCCAGUCUCUCCUGCACAUGGCCAUGUUUCACCACAAACGCAAAGCUGCACUAAAGCUUUCCAAAACCCUUUCGGAUCACUUUAAUAACUCUGCUCAGGCUCUUAAUCCUCUCUCCUCGUCAGAGAUAGCAGACAACCCACCCACCCUUAUGCCCUCUCCAGUCAGCACAUCCACCAGUACCAGCAGCUCUGGCAUGGGCACGGCUAGCACCACAGUUUCACUUCCUCAAGAGAUGGAACAAAUGGCCUUUUCUUAUGUCAACAUCACCACGUUAUUCUUAAGCGCUCAUGACAUUUGGGAGCAGGCAGAGGAGCUGGCUCACAGAGGCAACGGUCUUCUGGCGGAGCUGGACUCUGUUCUAGGCCCGCUGAGCCUGACUUCAUCUAUGAGCUCUAUGGUCCGCUACACAAGACAAGGUGUCCACUGGCUGAGGCAGGACAGCCAGAAAGUAUGAGACCUGAAAUGUCCCUCCCUCCUGCCAGCUGUUGACGUCUGUCUUUCACCGUGACAUCAACUGAGUGUGUCUACAAUUCAAAGCCAGCUGGGAUGCUGUUUCAUUUGAUUAAUUCAGUUUCUUCAUGGAAUAUUAAAAAAAUGAGGACAUCAGCUCUCCCCUCGUGUUUUUACUUUAAACGGUGUCAUGAAAUAAUUUCCUGAUCAGGGCUUUUAUUCGAGAGUGAUUCUUCUUUAACCAAAAGUGCCAUUUUGACCCUCCUAGUCACAAACUUGUGAGAUGAUUCCCAUUCGCUCAUCUUCUAAUAACUUUUGUUAGACUGUAAUCCGAAAUAAGAUGGCCUUGCUGUUUUGCCAACCUACUGUAAUUCUCUUAAGACUUUCAGUUUCAUUCUGAAACUUUGAUUUCACCUGGACUGAAAUCAGAUGAUUUAAAUAUGGACCUGAACUCUGAGCUCUAAUCAUUUCCUCAGCUGACCACUCUGAGUUUCAAUAUCAAAUACACGUAUUGCCAAAGUGCCACAAAUUUAUCUUAAAUCAGCCUUUGAUUACUUUUUACUAACCCUGUGUUGGAAUCAAUACUCCUAAUUUUUCUUAUUUUAAUGUGCAAUAAGGAAAGUUGGAUGCUAACCACGUGCCUUACUCUUAGGUUAAAUUCGAAAGCUGUCUAAUCAGAAGUAAAAACCAAGUUUCAGGGCAAUAAACAAUUUUUUACGUCAUUUUCCUGCUGCUGUAAGACGUUUCUAGACUGAUAUGUGGGGUGUUUAGUGUGAGAUUGUUUUAGGAUUACGCUGAUCUGGAUAUUUGACUAACCAAAGCAAGAUUCUAGUUGUUGUCUCAAUGUUGAACCUAGUUUCUGAUCGCUGUAGUCGGCCCUCAUGUCAGAGGUCAUUAGUGUUAUCGUAUAGAACCAGCACAGUGGAUUGUUUACAUCGCUCCAGUGAUCCAAUUCAGCUACAGCUUCGUUAUUUUAUUUAUUUAUUUUUAAUUAUUAUUCAAUUUUUGUAUCUACGGGCACAACCUACCUGAUGAACAAAUGCUUCAAUCUUUGCAUUUACACUUGGUAUUAAAAACAAUCUUUUUCAGCUGUGAUUUAAUUGGACCUCCACAAGCACUUAUGAUUUAAGUAUUAAUCUUAAUAAGAUCAACAGAGCUGCUGUUUGGAGUUUCUUAUUGGCUGAUGUGCACGAGUGCUGCUGCUUAGCUAGUAAAUGUAGCUUUGUCAAGCUAGCUGAAGUAGAGCGGAAACGCGUCUGAAGGCCUCUUGAGAGUCGUGAUCCUAUCUCUGAUGCUUAUGCAUUCUUCAAGCUUUCACACUUCAGCAUCAAUUAUGUAAACAAGUCAUUCUGCUUCCGCAGUAGCUUUAGCUCAAAUGUAAUGUCUUUUUUUUAAACAGAAUUUUUGCACUUUUCUCUUGUGUUUGCAGUCCAAAAGAACGAGAACUCCCCAGCAGCAAACCCAAUAGAACCAAAUGUGGGGCUUGUCUUUGUUUUCAGGUUUUUGUGUAUAGAGGGACACCUUCAGUCGUUUUACAGGAGUAAAGCCAAGUUUUUGCUGGAUAAGUCACGUUUUCAACUCUUUUAUUGAGCUGGUAACUGAAUAUGUAGGAGUGGAAUAAAUGGCCAAAUUAGAGCUUACUAAAGAAUAGUUUUGUGAUUACUUGUUUUUGUAGAUAAUUUCAGUAGUUUAGUGAAUAUUAGAUCAGCUGUAUUGUUCUAGUCUUGUUUACUGUGUGUUUGACUCGAAGCAUUAAAGCCUUUUUAAUGGCUGUGUGGCGAAGUUCUCAUUUAAACAUGUGGAGAAAUGCAAAUGGCUGCAGUUACACUAGAAAUGUGAUCCUAACUUUAUUUUCUCACUUCAGUGAUGGAAGUUUUGUAAUUGAAGCGUGAGUUCACUAGUGCCAUGGGAUUAGGGAUUAUUUUAUGCAUUUUCAGUGGGCUGCUGUAAAACUGAAUGUUAGUUUGUUACUAUGGGAUGUCAUUGAGAGCAACUUAAUCUGUUUCUGUUUUCCUGGGAUGUUGUUUCAUUGUUUGUACCUCUUAAUUUUUACAAUAUAUUUUUUUUGCUUAAUUUAUUAAUUUAAUUUAAUAACUUAAUUACUGAAGAGCAAAAUGUGCAGAAAGAAACUUUUUCCAUUCUGUAGAAACAUGUUGCUGUGUACAAUGACGAAUAAACACUGGGAACUAU